CAACAGUCCCAGAACACAGACUUCUGGCAGUUGGACUUUUAGCCACUGCUAGUCAGGAUCUGAAAGAUUUAACAUCCCCCAUUUAAGACUCAGGAGUUGGCAGUGCCUUUUUCAUGUGGGCAGCGAACGGAGUAGGGCAUGACAGAGUAUUCCUGAGGUGAGGGAGACCUGAGAUCUGAGUCCUGAACUCCAUGGCACACUCAUCGUCCAGCAGCAACAGAUCAGAUGCCACAGACUACAGCUUUGAGUCAAACCUGAGCCUCUCUGUGGGUUACUUCCCCUGUGAAAACACCUUCUCCCACGAGAACACCAUCUCCUUUGAAGACACAUCUUCCAAGGCUCCUUCGAUCCUUGUUCCUCCUAUCCAAGGAACAUGGAGGACUGAAAGUACAGGCAGACUCCUGAAGAGACAAGACCAAAUUCCUGACAACCCAAAGCAGUGUUGCAAACUCAGCAUCACAGUGGCCUGGGAUGUUGAUGUGGGCUCUAACAAUUCAGACUCCACAGCUGACUGGGAUAGAAAUAGGAGCAAUCAGUGGAUAGACAAGUACCUGGAAGAGGACACACAACUGACUCUCGGCAAACUAAAUGGUCUUGUGCAAAAGCUUGAGAAAUUUCUAGAACAUCAGAAAACCAACGAGGAUGAUGACUCUGCAUUCCCUGAAUCUGGUCAGGAGGAAGAUUUCCAGUUGUUCAGCAGCAUCCCUCCAGGCAUAGCUCAGGUCAGUCAUCAAGAACAUGAUACUUGUCAAGACCUGCCUCACGCCUGCCAACAUGAAGGUAUCAUCCAGUUUCCGCAGAUUCCCCCAAGACUUCAGGAAUAUGAACUUUCUGAGAUGAUAAGCCAGACAACUGGCAGCCAAAGGACGAUCACUAUAGAGACUGCCUCAGUCUCAUUGGGUCAGCAGGAGGAGGAGGACACUCCUUCCAGCACACAGGCCCUCUCCUGUGUGAAUUUUAGAAGUGUCUUCCGCUGGCUAAGGCAGCAAGUCCUCUCUUCACUUCUCAGGAGACAACACCCUGAGGAGUCCACUGAGAGCCCCCAUCAGCUGGCACAAAAGAAAAGACUCUCUCACAGAGGCAAGAGAAUCCAACCUCAAGAGUCCCUCGACUUAGGACAAACUCUAUCACCAGAUUUUUUAACUUUUUGAUAGCCCCCAUUCUAUAAUCACCAUAAGUUAUUUUCUAAUAAAUAUAACACACACUCUUAUUAUUCAUAUCUUCCUCUUCCAGCCCACUAUCUUGACUCAGGCUAAAAGUUGUGUAUGUUGUCUAGAAGAUUAAAAUAUGUUCUCUGCAAA